GAUGAAUAGCGAAAUUCUACCCAAAAAAGAGAGAAAAAACAGCUGUGUGCUAGAGAGAUAUAAGGAGAGAGGCACCAUUGUGCUCUUACACCAGCACAACAUGUGCUGUGAAUUUGAAAGGGGAAAUACCAGCUAUGGAAGCAGCGAUAGUGAGUGCUUCGACGGGAGUGAUGCGUUCCCUCCUCGCCAAGCUCACAAACCUUCUUGGUGGUGAGUACAAGCUACUUAAGUGGCUCCGUAGGGAGAUGGAGUUCCUCGAGAGCGAGCUCCGUAGCAUGAGCAUCUUCUUGGAGAGGUUGGAGGACACGCAAAAGCUUCACCCCCAAAUGAAGGAUUGGAGGGAUCGAGUACGCGAGUUGGCAUACGACAUUGAGGAUUGCAUCGACGACUUCAUACUACAGCUUGAUUCCAAGGAUGCGAAGGUUGGGUUUGGGCAAAAGCUUCUUGCAUCCCGUAGGAUUGGCCACAUGAUUCGAGAACUCAAGGCGCGUGUAAUGGAGGAGAGUGAGAGACAAAGGAGGUACAUGCUUGAUGGCUUGGCAUCUGGGCCUAGUGUUCGUGUGAAGGUUGAUCCACGGCUAUCGGCUCUCUAUGUCGACGAGGACAGAUUAGUUGGUAUUGAUGCCCCGAGAGAUGAGAUCAUUGGGCGGCUGUUGGACAAGCGGAGAAGUGCCUCAGCAAAACAGGUCAUGACAAUUUCCAUCGUGGGUUGCGGAGGAUUGGGGAAGACCACCCUUGCCAAUCAAAUUUACUGCAAAAUCAAAGGAAAAUUUGAGUGCGCAGCUUUUGCGUCAGUGUUCCAAAAUCCCAACACCAAGAAGGUUUUGACGAAUAUUCUUUCCCAAGUGGCCACUACUGCUGCUGUGGAAGACGAUGAGCAAGCCAUCAUCAACAAGCUAAGGGAAUACCUUAGUGACAAGAGGUACAUUGUCAUAGUUGAUGAUAUAUGGGAUAUGCAAAUAUGGAAAUUUAUUGAAUGUGCGUUGGUCAAGAACUGCCGUGGUAGCAGAAUUAUCACAACAACACGUAUACAUGAUAUUGCUAAAUUGUGCUGUUCAUCUCAUGGCGAUUAUAUUUACGAAAUGAAGCCUCUUGGAGUUAUUGACUCCAAAAUAUUGUUCGACAAAAGAAUUUUUGAUCCAGAGGAAAGGCGCCCACCGCAGUUGACAGAAGUUUCUGAGGAAAUAUUGAAAAAAUGUGGUGGUUUGCCUUUGGCGAUCAUUUCCAUAUCAAGUUUGUUGGCAAGCAAACCAAAGUCAAAAGAUCAAUGGGACAGGGUCAAGGUUUCUCUUAGCUCUACGCUUGAAAGGACUCCAGACAUUGAAACCAUGGAAUGGGUGCUAUCACUCAGUUACUCUGAUCUUCCUAAUCAUUUAAAAACAUGUCUGUUAUAUUUGAGUAUAUUCCCUGAGGGCUAUGAGAUAAACAGGGAACGUUUGGUGAGUAGAUGGAUUGCUGAAGGAUUCAUUUACAAAAAACAUGGACAAAAUCCAUAUGAAGUGGGGGACAGUUAUUUUAAUGAGCUUGUGAACAGAAGCUUGAUUCAACCAGCAAACAUUAAGCCUGAUGGUCAGACAAAUGCUUGUCGAGUGGAUGACACCGUUCAUGAUUUUAUUGUGUCCAUGUCAGUUGAAGAAAAUUUCGUUACAUUAUUUGGUGGUUCAAAAUUGGUACCAAGGUCACAUGGUAAGGUUCGUCGAUUAUCUAUUCAAAAUGGCGGCAUUCAAGAAAAUAUUGUCACAUCAACGCACUUGGUUACAUCGCAAGUCCGGUCACUAACUUUAUUUGCUGUAGAAAUGCCAUCUCUUUUAGGUUUUGGUAUGUUACGUGUAUUGGACCUAGAAGAUUGUUAUGCAUUAGAAGACCAUCAUCUUACGAACCUGGAAAGGCUAGUCCAGUUACGGUAUUUGAGUAUAAGAACAUCACCCAUUAGUGAACUCCCGAAACAAAUUGGGCAGCUUCAAUAUCUGGAAACACUAGAUUUAAGAGCUACGGGUGUGGAAGAAUUGCCAUCAACCAUUGGUAGACUAAAGAGUUUGGUCCGUUUAUUCGUUGAUUAUCAUGUUAAAUUACCAAAAGAAAUCAGCAAUAUGCAUGCACUGGAAGAGCUAACAAGUUUCUCAGCCUUGAUGUACUCUCCAGACUUUCUGAAAGAACUAGGUCAGCUUACAAACAUGAGGGUGCUCCGAGUAAUUUGUGACUGUGAUAGCUUUAAAGGUGAUGCAGGAAGUUGCUUGGAAAAUUUAGCUUCUUCUUUAUGUAAUCUAGGCACAUAUAACCUUCAUUCCCUUUUUGUUGACAUCAAUGGAUAUGGUGAAGACAACUUCUCACUAGAUACAUGGCAACCUGUUCCAUCUAGACUAAGAAGAUUUUCCAUUGACCGGUGGUGCCCCAUCAAUAAGAUUCCGAAUUGGGUGGGUUCACUGAUCAACCUUGAAGAGUUAGUCCUAUAUGUCAACAAAAUUUGGCAGGAGGAUUUCGAAUUGCUAGGACAUAUGCCUGCUCUGUCAUCUCUGACCAUAUACUCAAAUACUGCCCUUCAAGGGAGGAUCAUCAUCAGUGGAUUCCAUUCUACCAAGUUUUUCAAGUUCUAUUGCAAUCCUGCAGGGUUAACCUUUGACGCAGGAAGUCUGUUAAAGCUCGAAUGCCUUGAUGUCAUAAUGAAUGUGUUCAACACGAAGUCUUCAAAUGGUAGCUUUGAUUUUGGCAUUCAAUAUCUUACCAACCUUAGAAAUGUCUACAUUCAACUUGAUUGUAAUGGGUCGACUGGUGGAGAAUUGGAAGCAGCUAAAGCUUCCAUCAAGAGCUCAGUAAACAAACUUCCAGGACAGCCUAAGCUGAACUUGAGCACAUUGAAUGAAAAUAUGUUAGUCCAUGAAGAAGCUAAUUAAUUAAAUGGAAGGGGACGUAAAUUUCGAGUACGAACAUUGCAGGUAUCAAUUUCGGUUUUGAUUUUUUUUUUUUGCAGAAAGGACCAGUACCAAAAAUACCAUUUGUAAUUUAUAGUCUAACAAUUCUUUACCCAUCAAAAUAA